GCCCAAGAGCCAGGCAUGGAGGAGCUGGGAGAGGAGGGUUGGCUAUGGCCGGGAGGCCAUAACCCUAGAACUGGUCCUCUGAAUCAGAGACGACCAGCUCUGGCAGGGUGGAGCCGGGGCAGGCUUGUGCCCAGACCCCUGGCUCCCCCAUUUCAGUCUGUAUUGGUUAGGGGUGUGGGGGGACCCGACCCAAGGGAUGGAAGCAGAAAGCACAGGAAAUCUGGAAGCCUGUGAUACUAGACCAGGCCUGGGGCCUGCAGAAGGUGUGGGGAUCGAGGCUCUUAGCCAGUGGGCCUGGCCUGAGGCUGCCUCAGCUGGCAAGGCGGGUGAGGCCUGCUGAGGGCAUGGCAGGUAGAACUCUGGCCCUGUGUGAGGUGAGGCAUGGUUGCCUGGUGACCGCCCCUGGCCAGCCGCCUGCCGGCAGCAGGGCUCUGCUUGCUGUGCUCGCUCCUCAGCUGUGGCCACCCCGGUGUCUCUCCUCCUCUUGCUACCAUGAUGCGGCAACUCAACAUGGAUACGGUGCAGCAGAACUUCUGGAAGGAGGAGUUUCUCAGGGAGAAGAUGUUGCGCUGUGAGUGGCAUCGCAAGUACGGGUCGAUGGUGAAGGCCAAGCAGAAGGCUAAGGCCGCAGCCCGCCUGCCCCUCCACCUGCCCACCCUGCAUCCCAAAACCCCACUCUCACCGCCGCCUGCCCCCAAGGCAGGCCCUUCCAGGGCCCCCAGCCCUGCCCUGGAGGUUCCUGAGCAGCCAGAAAUGUACCCUGUACCGCCGGCCACCCGGGCCCUGCUGUACGAAGGCAUCUCCCACGACUCCCAGGGGCGCUACCGCUACCUCAACACCCGCCACCGGGACAUACCGGAGAUGCGCUACCGCUUCCCCAUCACCACCAGCUUCACGUACGGCUGGCAGCUGGGCCCGCCGGUGAAGCAAGACAUGGUCUUCUGCAAGAUGUGCCACAUUGAGUCGUUCUUCCGCAAGAACGGGGCCUUCUCGCCCCUUGACCCCAAGGACCUGGCCCUCUGACCGAGGGCCGGGCGGUGUGCUGACGGGUGGGAAGAAGAAUCACCCGCCACCUGGUGGAACGAAGCUGCCGUGUGUCUCUGUGUCUGUGUGUCUGUGUGUCUCUGGC